UAUUCAUGACAUGACUGAUGACAUUUCGGUGCUUCGAUUGUUAUCAAAUCAGAUUACUCGGUCUGAUUUAUAAAGAAUCAUUAAUCACGAUCUAAGUUCAGUUUUAUUCUGUUCGACUAGGCAGAUAAAUCUACUUUUAUCAAAAUGAAGUUUACGUUACUAGCUAUUUGUGCUAUUUUAGCUACAAGUUUCGCAUAUGAAAAUUCAGAUAUUGUUUCGGCAAGAAUUGAGACUUGCAGAGGAUGCUCACUGAAUCGUCUACCGGAGGUGAAAAGAUUUGUCAUGGAUGACGCUCCUAAAUAUGAGCGUGUGGAAGUUAAUUUCAUCAGUGGAGCACCCCCGGAGCUGGUGCUGCUUGGAGAAAAUGACCGCGAACUAGAACGCCUACCAUUGUCGCAACUGACUCGUCAGCAGUGCAAUGAAUUGGUCCAGGAAAGAGGCUUCACAAAGAAGAAUAAAGAUAAAGAGUUGUAGGUCCGUGUUAGGAAGUAAUUGAUAUAAAGACUUCUUUAUGUAACAUUCCUGAUUUUGCUAUUAUGUAUCUAAGAGAACAAAUUUGCAUAAGUUUUAUAACAAUCUUGGAGUAAUACAAUCAUGGAGUGAAUAUGUAAUUUUGUACAACUUGAAUCAUUAAAUCAAACUGGUUUGUUAUAAGAUAAACAGUCAGUUUAAUAUUUAGUGUUGUUUAUUCAGUUUGAUACAUUUAUAUUCUGUUAAUAUUACAGAGAUAACAACAUUCAGCAUGAUGUCAUAUUAGGGAAUUCAAUAAUUUUUUCAUGUUGUAGAUAAUAUCAUAUGGAAUGCUAUCAAUAAUUUUAUUGAAUCUUGGGUUACCAUGUAUUGUGAUUAAUUUUGAUUGUACUUUACCAGACAGAAAUACAGUUCUAUGCCAUU